CAAGAUGGAGCUCAGUCCUCUCCCUGUGAUGCUCUUGAUGUCUUCACUCAUAUUAGUGGCCUUUUCUCAAGGGAAGCCUAAAGCUGUGGUGUCUGUAAAGCCUCAUAAACAUGUAUUCUUUGGAGAGCAUGUUGGCCUUAGAUGUGACCUUCAGGGAGAAGGAGACAAACAGCGGACAUACAGCUGGUAUAAAAAUAAUAACCAACUCUAUACAGACAGGACAAAGCAAGACUUUAAAAUUUGGUCUGUUGGAGACUCUGACAGUGGCCAGUAUGCCUGCAGAGUGCACUGGAGCUACUCUCAGAGCUCAGAGAUCAGUGAUGAUGUUACUCUAAUGGUAUCAGCAAAACCCAAACCAACUCUGAGAGUAAAUCCUCAGAGCUCCAUCUACACUGGAGACACCGUCAAUCUAAGCUGUGAGCUGCCGUCAGCUGAAUGGGAGUUCAUCUGGUACAAAAAUAAUGAGCAGUUACAGCUUAUGAACAGUGAACAAACAAACAUAAACAUACUUAAAGUGACAAUUGAUAAUGCAGAAGAAACAGUGUACCAAUGUCGGACACGCAGAAGACACUACCAGAAGCUCUACAACACAGAGCUCAGUGAUCCUGUAAAGGUUACAGUGAGAGUGAGAGCAAAACCUAUAGCAUCCAUAAACCCUGUUAACCAGGUGUUCAGUGGAGACACCGUCACUCUGAGAUGUGACAUACAGGAUGAAAGUGUGUCUAACUGGCAGUACAGCUGGUAUAAAGAUGCUGCACACAGUCCUGUCAGUAGUGAACAGCUGUACAGAAUCAGUGGUGUUGAAGUGACACACACAGGUAACUACACCUGUAGAGGAGCAGAGAGAGGAGGCUCACGCACCUCACACUUCAGUGAUGCUGUUACACUGACUGUAUCAGCAAAACCCAAACCGACUCUCAGAGUGAAUCCCCAGAGCUCCAUCUAUACUGGAGACACCAUCAUGCUGAGCUGUGAGUUACAGUCCUCUGGAUGGGACUUUCACUGGUACAAAGAUAAUCAGCAGUUACAGCUUCUAAACAGUAAACAAACAAACAUGAACACACUUACAGUGACAGUCAAGAAUGCAGGAGAAACAGUGUAUCAGUGUCAUGCACACAGGGCAAACUACUUCUACAACACCGAGCUCAGUGAUCCUGUAAAGAUUAAAGUACGAGAGAGACCAGAGGCAGUACUGAGUGUAUCUCCACAGAGCUGGCUGACUGAAGGAGACUCAGUGACUCUAAACUGUGAGGUUACAGACUCCUCUACAAACUGGACAUUCAGCUGGUACAGAGAGACUCCCUACAGAGAUGGCUUAACUCAAAUUAAACCUAAUCAUGACUAUAUCAUGUAUGUGGAGCUCCUCUCAGACAGCAGCAGAGGAUCUGGAGGCUCCUACACUCUGAGUUCUGCUGAUCUUAAUCACACAGGAGUUUAUGUGUGUAGAGGAGAGAGAGGAGAACCAGCCUUACACACACAGUACAGCAAUCUACAGACACUAUGGAUCACAGGUGAAUCUCCUCCAGUCUCUCUGAUCAUCAAUCCCAGCAGAACUCAACACUUUACUGGUGACUCUCUCUCACUGAGCUGUGAGGACCAGAGUAACUCUACUGGAUGGACAGUGAGACGAUACACACACAGUGAGAGAGUGUUAGAUUGUUCAUGGGAAUCAGUUACAGGAUCUACAUGUGAAAUCAGCUCCCUCAACACAUCCUACACUGGAGUUUACUGGUGUGAGUCUGAAUCUGGAGAAAACAGUAAUCCUGUCAACAUCACAGUGCAUGAUGGUGAUGUGAUCCUGGAGAGUCCUGUCCAUCCUGUGACUCAGGGACAUCUUCUGACUCUACGCUGUUUAGAUCGCAACACAAAGUCAUCAAGCCUUCGAGUUGAUUUCUUUAAGGAUGGAUCAGUUUUCCAGCCACAGACUACAAGGGAGAUGAUCAUCCAUAAUGUCACAAAAUCAGAUGAAGGUUUCUACCACUGUAAACACCCAGACAGAGGAGAGUCCCCGAAAAGCUGGGUCUUAAUCAGAGGUGUAGAAGCUCCAUUCUUAGUGCACAUGCUGAUUUGCAGUCUCAUCACUGCCUCUCCAUAUGUCUUGGUAACCAUCAUUUUGCUGCUCAUAUGUUGCAGAGAUUGAGAAGUGCUGUCACCAGUCUCUUCAUUGUCCCUCAUAUGCAUUAAAAAAAGGACUCUUUAAACUAUCUGCUAUGGAGACCCCCUUGAUGAAAGCAGCCAAAAGAUAACAUUAUUAUUAUUAUUAUUAUUAUUAUUA